UGUGCCUAGAUUGUAUCGCGUUUCCAAGGGGAAGCUGGAGCGGCGGUGGCGCCGUUACUGGUGCCGGUGACGGCAGGGGAAGCCCAGUGCGGUCUAGCCCGGUCAGGCCGGGGGUGGGGACGCGACCAUGAGUUUGGCCUUGAGGAAUGAUCUUGCGGUAGACAAAACCAAAAGGAAAAAAAGAAGAGAACUGACUGAAGAACAGAAGCAAGAAAUUAAAGAUGCUUUUGAGUUGUUUGACACAGACAAAGAUAAAGCAAUAGAUUAUCAUGAAUUAAAGGUGGCAAUGAGAGCUUUGGGUUUUGAUGUAAAAAAAGCUGAUGUGCUAAAAAUACUUAAAGAUUAUGAUAGAGAUGCAACAGGCAAAAUCACCUUUGAAGAUUUUAAUGAAGUUGUGACAGACUGGAUAUUGGACAGAGAUCCACAAGAAGAGAUACUCAAAGCAUUCAAAUUAUUUGAUGAUGAUGACUCAGGUAAAAUAAGCUUGAGAAACCUGCGCCGUGUUGCUAGAGAACUGGGUGAAAAUAUGUCUGAUGAAGAACUACGGGCUAUGAUUGAAGAAUUUGAUAAAGAUGGAGAUGGAGAAAUCAAUCAGGAGGAGUUCAUUGCUAUUAUGACUGGAGACGUUUAAAGUUACAAGAAAAUGAACUCAACAACUAACAACAAC